AUGUCAUACAUAAGAGAAUCAGAGCCAGAAGACGAUGGGGACUCCUCAGACUUGUCCUCCAGUUCAUCUUCGAGCCUAUCGUCAGAUAGAGUGACCAACGCUCAAGAGAUUAAGGGUGAAGAAGUGGAAACACGCAUACCAUUAUCUACAUCAGUUGUCUUGGACAAGCUUCCCGCUGGCCAACAGGAGCAAUUAGGGAAAACAUUUCAAGAAUACGAGCAGAGACAAGACACCAGUGCGGAUCCGAUUCGAACGACGGCAUCAGAAGAAACCGCAAAGAUUAGUAUUCGAUUCCAGCCGAUUGGAUCAACAAUUGCAAUCAAUCCAAAGGUGUUUAAAAUCUCAUCAACACAAACAAUUGCCACUUUAAACAAAUUCUUGUGUAAGAGGCUUAAGCAGACUCGUCUUUGUUUAUACAUUCAAAGCUCGUUUCUGCCGGCUCCUGAGGAGAGAAUUGGUGACUUGUAUAACUUGUUUAGGACAAAAGAUGAGUUGAUCAUAAGUUACUGCAAUUCCGUUGCCUUUGGGUAA